AUGUCCUUUCGCGGGAAUUUGAGCGACUGUCGCUCGACCUCCCACGACACCCUGCGAAGCGGCAUGCCAUCUCCGCGCAUCGAACACUACGACGGCGAAGUCCCCCCGCGCUGUCGCCCCUGGAUGCAUUCGCCGCCCAAGGCCGCGCAUGAGCCGACUCCCCCUUCGAGCGUCGCCCGAUCGCUGUCUACUCCCCGUCCCGGCUAUUUUCGCGCCCCAUCGAGCGAGUCUCAGGUCGAUAGUCUUACACGAAAGCCGACGUUGAGAGCACACCCGGAUUUCGAAGAACCCAAGUAUCGACCCGUCUCGGAGCACCCCCGUUUCAGCUCCGUCUCGCAUGCCAGUAGUAAUGCCGACUCGUACGAUGAUGAGUCCACCCCGCGGACGACUAUGGUGCGGCCCAGCUCAAGUAUCUACGAUAUACCCCGUGCGGAAUCACCUGAAGAUGAUCCGUCCCUAGCCAGCGGCGCAGAGGGCGGUUCGGCGGGCAACGCGAUGGACGACCCCUCGCGCGAGUCGUCUACAGACUCGGUAUCUCGACUCCAUAUUCCGCGCACCCUGGCGCCACCAGUCUCGCCGCAUUCCCGCCCAUCAAGUAGCGCUAGAGUGAACCCGGAGAGCUCGGAUGACGACUACAGUAGCUCCAACGCUGGCUCGACGUUUUCCAAACCGCGCAAAUUGUCUUCGGGCAGUGCCGUGUCUUUACCGUACUCGCCUAUGUCUACAUAUCCCGCCCGGAUGCACCCUCGUUCACCAUCGAUGAGCUCGGAAACCUCCGCCACUGGCCACCUCCCUCGGCCCUCCUUCAACUUCUCUCGACCAUUGAGCCGGUCGAGCACCAGCCUGUCCGCCCCAGGCCCAUCCGCAACCUCCGAACCGAACCCAGCCACUACUACUCAACAGCACCAGCAUCGGUGGAACCAACAGUCGCAUCAUAUGCACCGGCCGAGCAAGCCGACGCCAAUCCUGGUGCCGUUGGCGACUGAGGAGGCUGCUGCCACCCACGCAGAGGAAGGAGAGCCUUCUUCUGCGGUAUCAUCGUAUGUGUAUGCCAAAUAUGCACUGCCGCGUGGCCGCAUGGUCUCACGAGACUCGGUCGUUUUCGCUGGCCUACAAACACCUCAUUUCGAAUGGCAAGAGCCAUUGUUUGAGAAUUCUCCACCCCGGCAUUCCGAAGAGCCGCCACGCUCGGCUCGAACUCCACCCCCCUCACAUCCCCGCAUGGACAACUCGCCCAAGCCUCAUUCCAUGUAUGAGGUUUCGGCUCCAGCCCCGUCUCCGUCCCAAGCUCUGUCCCACGCUCCAGUCCCUGAGACUAAGCUUGCACCUCCGGCACCCAUUUCACCACCCAGACCCGCCCCUGCUCCUCCUGUGGUCACACCUCCCCGACCAUCCGUCGAGCCUACUAGUCCUCGGCUUUCACGACCAUCCGUUGAGUCUACUAGUCCUCGGCCUCCCCGACCAUCCACCGAGUCUACUCGCCCGAGGACUAGCGACAAGGAUGAGACCGUCUCAUCUGCAGACUCGGCUAGUACUCUUCGCCCACAGACGGCGACAACUCAGGUCACCCAGGCACCCUCAACCGCCCUCACAGCUGACGAUCAUGUCACCAAGGGUAUUGAGCUGCACGAGGCGGGCUCGCUGAAUGAGUCAACUUACCACCUGCGCAUUGCUGCGAAGCAGAACAACCCCACUGGUAUGCUGCUUUAUGCGCUUGCCUGCCGUCAUGGAUGGGGCAUGCGACCUAACCAGCAAGAAGGUGUGCGAUGGCUACGCAAGGCUGUUGACUCGGUUGGCUUGGAGAUGCUCGAGAACCCCGACGCUCCAGGUGCUUCCAAGGCCAAGGAGUUACAAAAGGCGUAUCGGGCCCAGUUCGCACUUAGUAUUUACGAGCUGGGUGUCAGCCAUCUCAACGGCUGGGGUAUCGAGCAGGAUAAAUCCUUGGCUCUGCGAUGUUUUGAGAUUGCCGGCAAAUGGGGUGAUGUGGAUGCUAUGGCGGAAGCUGGAUUCUGCUACGCCGAGGGUGUGGGUUGUAAGAAGGAUAUGAAGAAGGCUGCGCGUUUCUAUCGUGAGGCUGAGUCCAAGGGUAUGAGCAUGGUUGGAAACAGCUGGAUCUACAAGGACAAAUACAUGCCCGACGAUGAACGCCGUGGUGGACGCGCGCGCGGACGAACUGUCAGCAGUGACAAGAAGCCGCGUAGCAAAUCGCGCACUCGCAGUCUCUUCCAGCGGAAGAAGUCUGUUCCCGAGGCAUAG